AUGGGCUCUCGAACGCCUGCCACAGGCACAGCGUUGUUCGACUCCGUACUACGCUUGGCUCGUGAGAAGAGUUUGGCAAAAUGGCCGGACACGGAAAUCCGUAAAGCGGUUUCCUGGGCGCUGCUUGCAGCGAAUGAGGCAGGGCGGACUGGCAGUGAGCACGGGUACCCUGAGUUGGACGCACUGUUGCGCGCCUGGUUAGAGGAGAACCCUUCUUGGCAAUCAGAGUUCUUGGAAAGGUUGCAUACAGUGCUUUGUGACCCGAACGUUUCCCACGCUUGCGCCCAACCGCCACGUUCGAGGCAAACGAGUAACUCGUUCGAGGAAUAUGCAUCAAACCUUUGUGUGACGUUGCUCGCAACCAGACUGAGCAAAAACGUUCUCAACAAUCAGGUUUCACUUGUGCUAGACCCGUCUCACAUCAAGUGA